CAGUGCAGAGAACACCGAUGAAGCUUAGAAAGCUGAAGCCCAUGGCUGGAUGAAUUACCAUAUAAUUGAUCAGUGUGCUGUGCAAACAUUUCCCACUACCAAAGUCUACUUACCAUGCAAAGCAAUCAAAGAGAAAGUGAUUGGCAGGGGCUCGUCAGUGAGUUUCUCGUUUGUAAGAGGAAACUCGAGAGCAAGAAAGAAGCAUUACUAAUCCUUUCAAAAGAACUGGACACAUGUCAGCAAGAACGAGACCAAUACAAGCUGAUGGCCAAUCAGCUCCGAGAGAGACACCAGUCCUUGAAAAAAAAGUACCGGGAACUCAUUGACGGAGACCCGUCACUUCCACCAGAGAAAAGAAAGCAGGCAAAUUUAGCACAGCUUCUUGGGGACUCUAGAGAAAGAAGUAAAAAACUUGAGUUAGAAAUCAAAGAACUGCAGCAGAGACUGGUGGAAAUUCAAGGCGACAAUAAGCUGCUGAGAAUGACCAUUGCCAAGCAGAGGUUAGGUGAUGAUGAAGUUGGAGUCCGUCACUUUGCCCCACAUGAGCGUGAAGACCUUGUUUUACAGCUGGAGAAAGCACGAGAGCAGAUUGAAAGUCUUGAGCAUGAGAUGCAGUCUGCAUUGGAUGAACUCCAAGAUGUGAAGCAGGAACGCUCCUUUUUCCAGGACAAAGCUGGAAGAUUAAACCAGGAACUGAACCACGUACUUGGGGGUGAUGAAAAUCGCAUCAUAGACAUUGAUGCCUUGUGCAUGGAGAAUAGGUACCUACAGGAAAGAUUAAAACAGCUACAGGAAGAAAUUAAUCUACAGAAAAGUAAUAUUGUCAAAUACAAGAAUGCUCUGGAACGGCGCAAGAAUUCCAAGUCAAACAUCAAGUCAACCAGCAGCGCUCUGACUGGCGUACUUUCUGCCAAACAAGUCCAAGAGCUGCUGUCAGAGGAGCAUGGAUGCAGCUUGCCAGCAACACCGCAGUCUAUCUCUGAUCUGAAAUCCCUGGCAACAGCCUUGCUGGAGACCAUCCACGAAAAAAACAUGGUGAUCCAGCACCAGCGACAGACUAACAAAAUUCUAGGUAACAGAGUGGCAGAACUGGAGAAGAAACUAAGAACGCUAGAGGUUUCUGGAUUGUGGAGUCUCCCAGGCCUCAGCUACAAUGUCUCAGUGGGAUUUGGGAGAGGAAAAGACACAAUAUCUUUACAUGAUCCAGCCCCUCCAAGUCUGCAGCGACCAAAAUCCCCAGUUAUUGCAUUUACUGAAAUACCUUGUCACACACCACUAACAUAUGAAGCUCACAGGCAGCCAAGCCUUGAUUUAUGCUCUACAGCUUUGGAAAUGACUGCUAAGAGUGAAACAAACCAGCAGUUAGAAAACUCACAAGAUCCCCUUGGCAAUGCUUAUGAAAACAUGUACCUCCACCCUUUAAUUCCACUUUUUAGUUCAGAGAAAGAACAGCAAGGGAAGCAGAUUGUGGAACUUGCAGAUGAGCUGUCUUCGGUGGAGUUGGAAGAAAGCCUUCUACAAUCUCCUGUUGACAACCAAAUUGUGUCAAUAAGCCAAGAUCCCCUCGCCAGUUUGGUGUCCCCCUUGUCUAGUCCAGGACCUUCUGAUACAUCAGAAACACCGAUCUUGCCAGCAACUGAUAGUUUCUUCCAUGAAAUGCAAAACACAAAUGGGGGACUUUCAGAAAACAGUGACGGACAAACGAAAAUAACUGGACUACAUCGGGAGGCCGAAGAACUGGAGAAAGUUGAAGAAAUAAAAGAUGAAAAAACAAAGCAUUGUGAAAUGACUGAAAGGGACUCUCAAGACACAGGAGUUCAUGACAAUGAAAAAUGUUAACAUUUUGAUGAUAACUCAUUUUGACUAAAUACAUACAACUGCCAAAGCUCCAUUUUUGUUGUUGAGAUCUGAAGUUGUAGGUUUUUUUUGUGGUUUUUUUUUUUUGUAAUGAACAUCCGUCAAACAGACAAACAAAAAAAUAUAUGUAAACUAGGUCAUUUCAUUCUUCUGUAUGUUUUAGAUGGUGCAAAAUGAUUUCCUUUGUUUUGUUUUUUCUGUUCUUUUAUGUGUGUUAAAAUUCAUGUAUUACACAGCUGCAAGAUCAUUUUAAUUUAGGCAUUGUGUAAUGUGUAUUGUAUUAAUGUUUGGGGACAUGUUUCAUGGCAGACAGUGAUAAGUACGUAUGAUGAAAUUGUACAUUUUACAUAUGUCCUGAGUGGGCUAUGAUAAUGUACAUGAAUACAGUGACACCAUUGGAAAAUUCUGCAAUUACUACAAUAUGCAUGAACGUGCAACAUCUAGCAAGAAAUGUAUUUGUUCCAUGGAUUACUGACCAUCAUUAUAAUAUAGAGGGUUUUUCUUUUUCUUUUUUUUUUCUAGGUUUUGGUUGUGUACAGACACUUUAUCCUCUUCUUCCAUGUUUUAUUAUCAAAUAUCCAUAGGGGACAUUAUUACAUACACUAUGAAGCAAUCCUUUAACCAGAGACCCACACCAUGCAUACUUGAAGCUUACUUUAUGGAGAUUCUAAGUUAUAUUUAUUAUGAUUGCGAAAUAGAAUUUGGCGUUAUUCAUUUAGUUCUCACCUGCAUCAGGUAUUCCGUGUCUCUCCCGAGACGUUUCUGCAGCAUUAACAAAGGACCGAAAGCAUGCAUCUUUCCAGUGUAAAUACAGUGUAACUCACACCAUCUGCCAACCAGUGCAACAUGGCAGGAUGUGUUUGUUGUGUAAUAGAGGUUUCCAGCGUUUGCAUAUUUUCCGCUUGCACAAGGAAUUCUGUGCAUGUCUUUUAUAUGCUUUGACCUACUGUUGUUCCAAGUGCUAUUUCCAAUAAUUUAUUAAGUUGUGAGGUAUUGUUGUUACUUUUGUUAUAUAGAUUCUCAUGCAGACAGGUUAUAUUGUGUAUAUUCUUUUGUUUAUUUAUGCUGUAUUGUCUCGAAUUACGCAUCAAAAACACCAAAGUUUGUACAUGGCAAACAUAGGAUAUAUUUAGUUGAUUUAUCUAAUAAAAC